AGACAGACGUGGCCCAGUGAGAGAUUUCCACAUUUUGUUUGUGCCACGACGUAGCUUGCUGUGCGAACAGCGGUUGAAGGAUCUGGGUGUUUUGGGAUCCUUUAUUCAUAGGGAGGAGUACAGCUUAGAUCUCAUUCCUUUCGAUGGGGAUCUCUUAUCCAUGGAAUCAGAGGGUGCGUUCAAAGAGUGCUACCUGGAGGGCGACCAGACGAGCCUGUACCAUGCAGCCAAGGGGCUGAUGACCCUACAAGCUCUGUAUGGAACGAUCCCGCAGAUCUUUGGGAAAGGAGAAUGUGCUCGGCAAGUGGCCAACAUGAUGAUCAGGAUGAAGAGAGAGUUCACAGGAAGCCAGAAUUCAAUAUUUCCCGUUUUCGAUAAUCUCUUGUUGCUUGAUCGAAACGUGGAUUUAUUAACACCUCUUGCCACUCAGCUCACGUACGAAGGACUCAUUGAUGAAAUUUAUGGCAUUCAGAACAGCUACGUGAAAUUACCUCCCGAGAAGUUUGCACCGAAGAAACAGGGUGAUGGUGGUAAGGAUCUCCCCACAGAAGCAAAGAAGCUUCAGCUGAACUCUGCGGAGGAGCUCUACGCUGAGAUCCGAGAUAAGAACUUCAACGCGGUGGGCUCUGUGCUUAGCAAGAAAGCGAAGGUCAUCUCUGCAGCGUUUGAGGAAAGGCACAACGCGAAAACAGUCGGGGAGAUCAAGCAGUUUGUUUCCCAGCUGCCGCACAUGCAGGCGGCGAGGGGCUCCCUGGCGAACCACACCUCGAUCGCGGAGUUAGUCAAAGACGUCACUACUUCUGAAGACUUCUUUGACAAAUUAACAGUGGAACAGGAGUUUAUGUCUGGAAUAGACACUGAUAAGGUCAACAAUUACAUCGAGGAUUGUAUCGCCCAAAAACAUCCAUUGAUCAAGGUGUUAAGACUAGUGUGCCUCCAGUCUGUGUGUAACAGUGGACUCAAACAAAAAGUCUUGGAUUAUUACAAAAGAGAAAUUCUCCAGAAUCCCACAGACAUAUCUUAUGUAUACAGUGGUUACGCGCCGCUCAGUGUGCGGCUGGCUCAGCUGCUCUCCCGGCCUGGCUGGCGUAGCAUCGAGGAGGUCCUCCGCAUACUCCCAGGGCCCCACUUUGAAGAACGGCAGCCUUUGCCCACAGGACUGCAAAAGAAACGUCAACCAGGAGAAAACCGGGUCACUCUGAUAUUUUUCCUCGGGGGUGUAACCUUUGCUGAAAUUGCUGCCCUGCGAUUUCUCUCACAGUUGGAAGACGGAGGUACAGAGUAUGUAAUUGCUACCACUAAACUAAUGAACGGAACCAGCUGGAUAGAGGCUCUGAUGGAAAAACCUUUCUAGGGUGUUCAAAGGAGACAUAACAAGCGUAUUGCAGAAUAAACUGCCUUUUCGAAGAAGUUGCUGAAAUGAAGUGAAACCCCAUAGAAGAAACACAGGAAUACAAAAUUCACUUUGGAGUCAGCUUCUUAAGUUAUACUACUGUCUUCU